AUGUCCCAUUUUCUGUUAUCGCUAUUCUGGUUGAAUACCAUUAUUUCUAUAUCGAUAAUCGAUGGACAAACAAAUAAGAAACUAUCAUCAUCAUCAUCAUCAUCAUUGAAUAAGAAAAAGGGUUCAUGCGAUCCCGAACGUGUGGAUAAAUGUGCAAUCGCAAUGGUGCCAUUGACAGAUCCAGAAUUGUUAGAGAACCCACCCAGAAAUAUGAGCCAAAUGAAUUAUUGGUGUCGAAAGUUUAAACAAUCAAUAGAAUGUGUACGGCAGUAUUCACAACAAUGUUUACAAUCUGAAUCACGUCGUGUAUUUUCAAUCAUGUCAUACAGUAUUUCGAAAAUGGCUAAACGCUACUGUGGCAGCGUAAGGGCUAAAAAGGAUCUACUUGAAUUCCUUAAAUGUGCUGGUAACGAUUUACGUAAGUAUGCUCAACCAUUAUUUGAUCUAUCCGGUGAUUUACAUUCCAUACCGACAAUCAAACCGGCCAAUCUACGUAUCCCAUUGUCAUGUUGCGCAUAUCAACGACGAAAAGAAUCGACAUUGUCCUUGAUCGAUAUUAAAUGCAGUAAUCAUAUUGAAACGAUUGAAAACAUAUUACAAUCAGCAACUGGUGAUGUAAUAAAACUUGGAUGCACUGAAUAUACAGAUGAUUCAGAUAAAUGUGAUACAAUAAUCGGACGAUUACCGAAAUGGAACAAGCCGCUCGAAUGGAAAAGUUUCAUCAUACCUUCUGUUAAAAUAGUGGAUAGUCUUCACUAAGCAUGAAUGAAUGCAUGGUGAAAAUAAUAAUAAAAACUUUGUUUCCAAUAAAUAUUCAUUCUUUUGUUUGUGUA